AUGGGUUCAGUGAUGGUGGAAAAUGGCGGCUAGAUGAGUCUUUCCACUCCUACAGAGAAAAGAAAAAGUGUGUGGAAAAACUGGAUAUAUAUAUAUUUGGAAUAGCGACAACAACACUCACGGGCCUCUCACAAACCUUCUUCAUCAGUGAGGAUGUCGCGCUGGGUGCCCACGAAGAAAGAGAAGUACGGAGUAGCCAUCUAUAACUAUGAUGCUCGCAGUGAUGAAGAGCUUUCCUUACAGAUCGGGGACACUGUACACAUUCUGGAGACUUAUGAAGGAUGGUAUCGAGGGUAUCGGCUGAGGAGAAAAUCGAAGAAGGGUGUGUUUCCGGCUUGUUACAUCCAUCUGAAAGAGGCCACGGUUGAAGGCAGUGGACAAAAGGAGACGGUCAUUCCUACUGAGCUCCCGCUGGUUCACGAGGUCACGACUACGCUGCGAGAAUGGGCGACGAUAUGGAGGGACCUAUAUGUGGGCGACAAGCGUGAGAUGUUCAACACGGUCCGAGACAUGAUCUAUGACUUGAUCGAGUGGCGCUCCCAGAUCCUGUCCGGCACGCUCCCGCAAGACGAGAUGUCGGAGCUCAAACAGAAAGUCACCUCCAAGAUGGACUAUGGGAACAAGUAUUUAGACUUGGAUCUGGUGGUUAGAGAUAAAGAUGGGAAUAUUCUUGAUCCUGACCUGACCAGCACUGUCAAUCUGUUCCGAGCGCAUGAAGCCGCGUCCAAGCAGAUUGAAGCUCGCAUCCAAGAGGAAAAGUCUCAGAAGCAGAACAUGGAUUUGAGCAGGCAGGCGAAGUUUGCCUCCACACCCUCGUUUGCCUUGUUCGUCACGCUCAAGAAUGUCGUGUGCAAAAUCGGAGAAGAUGCAGAAGUGCUGAUGUCACUCUAUGAUCCGAUCGAGUCUAAGUUUAUCAGUGAAAACUAUCUUGUACGGUGGUCCAGCUCAGGUUUGGCGAAAGACAUCGAUCAGCUGCAUAACCUGCGUGCCGUAUUCACGGAUCUGGGGAGUGAAGACCUGACGAGGGAGAAAAUCAGUUUUGUUUGUCAGAUUGUUCGAGUGGGCCGAAUGGAGCUCAGAGAUAACAACACUAAGAAAUUAACAUCCGGCCUCCGCAGACCCUUCGGUGUGGCAGUGAUGGACGUCACAGACAUCAUCACGGGCAAGAUGGACGACGAGGACAAGCAACACUUCAUUCCGUUCCAGCCGGUGGCUGGCGAGAACGACUUCCUUCAGACAGUCAUCAACAAGGUCAUCGCUGCCAAAGAGGUCAAUCACAAAGGUCAAGGAUUGUGGGUUACACUGAAGUUGCUUCCAGGUGAUAUUCAUCAGAUCCGUAAAGAUUUCCCUCACCUGGUGGACCGUUCCACCGCCGUCGCUCGCAAAAUGGGCUUCCCAGAAAUCAUCAUGCCAGGUGAUGUUCGUAAUGACAUCUACGUGACGCUGGUUCAGGGGGAUUUUGAUAAAGGCAGUAAGACGACGCCCAAGAACGUGGAGGUCACCAUGUCCGUACACGACGAAGAUGGAAAGAAACUCGAGAACGUGAUCUUCCCUGGUGCAGGAGAUGAAGGCAUUCUGGAGUAUAAAUCAGUCAUCUACUACCAGGUCAAACAGCCACGCUGGUUUGAAACCUUCAAGGUUGCGAUCCCGAUUGAAGAUGUCAACAGGAGUCACCUGCGGUUCACGUUCAAACACAGAUCGUCUCAGGACUGCAAGGAUAAAUCUGAAAAGAACUUUGCUCUGUCGUUUGUUAAGCUGAUGAGGUAUGACGGCACGACGCUGAGGGACGGAGAACACGAUCUCAUCGUCUAUAAGGCAGAAGCCAAGAAAUUGGAGGACUCCACCAUGUACCUGAGCUUGGCCUCCACCAAACCAGAGAUGGAGGAAAGAAACCCCUCGUCAGGGAAGAACACGCAGAAUCUGGGCAGCUUCACCAUCAGCAAAGACUCCUUUCAGAUCUCAACGCUGGUGUGCUCCACCAAACUCACACAGAACGUUGAUCUCCUGGGCCUUCUGAAGUGGAGGUCCAACACCAGUUUACUACAGCAAAACCUGCGUCACCUGAUGAAAGUGGAAGGAGGGGAGGUCGUAAAGUUUCUGCAGGACACUUUGGACGCCCUCUUCAACAUCAUGAUGGAGAACUCGGACAGUGAAACGUUUGACACCCUUGUGUUUGAUGCUCUGGUCUUCAUUAUUGGACUGAUCGCAGACAGGAAGUUCCAUCAUUUCAAUCCGGUUCUGGAGACGUACAUCCGCAAGCACUUCAGUGCCACCCUUGCUUACACAAAGCUGACCAAAGUCCUGAAGAACUAUGUGGAUAAUGCGGAGAAGCUCGCGGAGCAGCUGCUGAAAGCUCUGAAAGCUUUGGAUUACAUCUUCAAAUUCAUCGUGAGGUCCCGGGUUCUCUUCAACCAGCUCUACGAGAACAAAGGCGAGAGUGAUUUCAUGGAGUCCCUGAGGAAUCUCUUUACUUCGUUUAACUCCAUGAUGAACAGCAGUGCUGAGGGGACCGCCGGGGUCAAGGGCGCUGCGCUGAAAUACGUCCCAACUAUCGUCAACGAUCUGAAACUGGUGUUUGAUCCAAAGGAGCUCAGCAAGCUGUUCAGUGACUUUAUACUCAAAGUUCCUCUGGGGCGUCUGGUGAAGCAGAAGUUGAACUGCAUGAUUGACAUCGUCCACAGCGACCUGUUUACUCAGCAUGACUGCAGAGAGAUCCUGUUGCCGUUGAUGACGGAGCAGCUGAAACUUCAUCUGGAGAAUCAUGAAGAGCUGGAGUCCUGCUGUCAGCUUCUCAGCAACAUCCUUGAGGUGCUUUACAGGAAGGACGUGGGUCCGACGCAGUGGCACGUACAGAUCAUAAUGGAGAAGCUUCUGAGGACCGUUAACAGGACCGUGAUCUCUAUGGGACGAGACUCUUUUCUCAUAGGCAGUUUCGUAGCCUGUAUGACCGCCACUCUGCGGCAGAUGGACGACUAUCACUACGCCCACCUCAUCAGCACCUUUGGGAAGAUGCGCACAGAUGUGGUGGAUUUCCUCAUGGAGACGUUUAUCAUGUUUAAGGAUCUCAUUGGAAAGAAUGUCUAUCCUGCUGACUGGGUCAUAAUGAACAUGAUGCAGAAUAAAGUCUUCCUGCGAGCCAUCAAUCAGUACGCCGCCGUUCUCAGCAAGAAGUUCCUCGAUCAAACCAACUUUGAGCUGCAGUUGUGGAAUAACUACUUCCACCUCGCUGUGGCGUUCCUUACCCAGGAGUCUUUGCAGCUUGAGAACUUUUCAAGUGAUAAACGGGCCAAGAUCUUCCACAAGUAUCAAGACAUGCGACGACAGAUUGGCUUUGAGAUCCGAGACAUGUGGUACAACCUAGGUCCACACAAGAUCAAGUUCAUCCCUGAGAUGGUGGGUCCGAUCUUGGAGAUGACGCUGGUUCCGGAGAUCGAGCUGCGUAAAGCCACCAUUGCCAUCUUCUUUGACAUGAUGCAGUGCGAGUUUCACUUCAGACGCUGUUUCCAGACGUUUGAGAACGAGAUCAUCACCAAGCUGGAUCACGAGGUGGAAGGAGGCCGAGGAGACGAACAGUACAAAAUCCUCUUCCAGAAGAUUCUGUUGGAGCACUGCAGGAAACACAAGUAUCUGGCUAAGUCCGGUGAAACCUUCGUGACUCUGGUGGUCCGUCUGUUGGAGAGACUUCUGGACUACAGGACCAUCAUGCACGACGAGAACAAGGAGAACCGCAUGAGCUGCACAGUAAAUGUGCUGAAUUUCUACAAGGAGAUCGAGAGAGAAGAGAUGUACAUCAGGUACCUGUAUAAGCUCUGUGACCUGCAUAAGGAGUGUGAUAACUACACAGAAGCCGGAUACACACUACUACUGCAUGCUAAACUCCUCAAGUGGUCUGAAGAGCCAUGUGCCGCCCACCUGACGCAGAGAGACGGAUACCACGCCAGCACUCAGGGUCAACUCAAAGACCAGCUGUAUCAGGAGAUCAUCAAUUACUUCGACAAGGGAAAGAUGUGGGAGGAGGCCAUUAUCCUGGGGAAGGAGUUAGCCGAACAGUACGAGAACGAGAUGUUUGACUUUGAGCAGCUGAGCACUUUACUGAGGAAGCAGGCUCAGUUUUAUGAGAGCAUUGUGAAGGUGAUCAGACCAAAGCCAGACUACUUUGCUGUGGGUUAUUAUGGGCUGGGCUUCCCCUCAUUUCUCCGGAAUAAGAUGUUCAUCUAUCGGGGGAAGGAGUAUGAGCGGUGGGAGGAUUUUGAGGCGAGACUGCUGACUCAGUUCCCCAACGCGGAGAAGAUGAAGACCACCGCCCCUCCCAGCGAGGACAUCAGGAGCUCCUCGGGACAGUACAUUCAGUGUUUCACAGUGAAACCCAUCCUUGAACUGCCACCCAAGUUCCAGAACAAACCCGUAUCAGAGCAGAUUGUGAGCUUUUACACCGUGAACGAGGUCCAAAAGUUCCAGUAUUCGCGGCCGGUCCGGAAAGGAGAGAAAGAUCCCGACAAUGAGUUUGCAAACAUGUGGAUUGAAAGAACGACUUACGUAACCGCCUAUAAGCUGCCUGGCAUCCUGCGCUGGUUUGAAGUCGUGUCUGCCACGCCGGAGGAAAUCAGUCCCCUUGAAAACGCUCUGGAGACCAUGCAACUGACCAAUGAGAAAAUCAGCAACAUGGUCCAGCGCCACCUUAACGACCCCAGCCUUCCCAUCAACCCCCUCUCUUUGCUCCUCAACGGCAUCGUGGACCCAGCUGUCAUGGGCGGCUUUGCUAAUUAUGAGAAGGCCUUUUUCACUGAGAAAUACAUCCAGGAACAUCAAAUUGACCAGGAGAAGAUUGAAAGGCUGAAGGAUUUGAUUGCCUGGCAGAUCCCGAACCUGGCUGAAGGGGUUCGUAUCCACGGCGAGAAGGUGACGGAGGCGCUACGACCGUUUCACGAGCGUUUGGAGGCAUGUUUCAAACAGCUCAAAGAGAAGGUGGAGAAACAGUACGGCGUCAGAACACUACCUCCCAUGUCAGACGAGCGGCGGGGAAGUCGGCCACGUUCAAUGGUUCGCUCAUUCACCAUGCCAUCGUCUCAGAGGCCACUGUCCGUCGCGUCUGUGACCUCCAUAUCAUCAGACAACUCACCUUCCAGACCGGGAUCAGACGGAUUUGCCUUGGAGCCUCUUUUACCAAAGAAGCAGCACUGUAAGUCCCAGGAUAAACUGGAUCGAGAUGAACCUGAGAAAGACCGGAAGGAGAAAAAGAAGGAGAAGAGGAACAGUAAACACCAGGAGCUGUUUGAUAAGGAACUGAAGACCGCUGAUAUACCCCAGCAGCCCAGUGAGGCGGUCAUACUGUCAGAGACCAUCAGUCCGUUGAGGCCCCAGAGGCCGAAGAGUCAGGUGAUCAACUUACUGGGUGAGAAAAGACUCUCUGUGUCCCCCGGAGCCCCUGCCAACCCGUCUGCUCCCAACGCCCCGCCUCCCAUCACCCCCCGGGUCAAACUGCACUUCAGCUUACUGACUGGAUCCAAUCUAGAGCUGAAUGGGACGGGUUAUGGAGAUAAGGGGGAAACCCCGCCCCCACUUCCUGUCAAGAGCAGCAUGGGUGACUAUGGAAACCUGAUGGACAACUCAGACCUGGCCAGUCCGACCACACCCCCUCCUCCACCGCCACACCCGCGGCACCUUCCGCCCCCCUUACCCAGCAAGACCCCUCCACCUCCACCUCCAAAGACCACGAGAAAGCAGACCUCCAUCGACUCGGGCAUCGUCCAAUAAGAGAAGACGGCAGUGUCGAACAGAGACAUCCAGAGACAUCGGCCCUCUUCCAACGAUUUUACGUCAACAUCCCUGACAGUGUGGCAUGAUGAAUCGCUCACCUCAGCCCUUCUCAUAACGGCCGAUUAUUGCUUGUCCACCGCCGGAUCAGCGCUCCAAGCCGAGAUCUCAAAUCACUCCAGACAACUGCAAAUAUAGAUGCAGUGGAACUGGAGGCAGGGAAUUCUGGGGGUUUUGGCAGAUGGUGCAUGUUUAGCUAAAACUAAAGAUGAAUUGUAGUGUUUCUCUCUUUAGGCGGGAACGUAGUCGGGAACAUGCUUUUAAUGCACACGACCAGUUCAUAAUCAAAGAUCUCUCAUUUUUACAUAUUUUUAUCCUCACUAUAUACACAUUUAUGUACAGAGGUUUGUAUAUAUGAUUUUAUUUUAUUGCUUUUCUUGAAAGUACAUUUUAUAUGCAGUUUAUAUAAAUAAUUGGCAUUUUUAUCCAAAAAGGGUUGAUUUUUCUAAAGAGAGGGACAGUAAAGGUAUUCCUACAUACAUCUUUUAUUGAUUUAGUUGUUGUUCUUUCUCAUUUGGAGUGGAAACAACUAAAAGUCAUUGUGCCAAUCAAGCGUAUAAGCCACAUAAAGGAACAGUGUGCAUAUGGAUAACAUUGACUGCUCCAAAUCCACUACUGACUUCUGAAUAAACUUAAUGUAUGUAUUUGUAAAGGGGCUCUUGUUUGAUUCAUGCUAAUCCAGAGCAAUGUAGCCAUUCAAGACCCAAUAGAAAAUAAACUAACAGUUCAUUUA